GGACAAGUCUGCAGCGGAGAAGCGCCGGCAGCUCAUCCAGGAGUCCAAGUUCUUGGGGGGUGACAUGGAGCACACUCACUUGGUGAAGGGUCUGGACUUCGCUCUGCUGCAGAAGGUGCGAGCUGAGAUCACCAGUAAGGAGAAGGAAGAAGAGGACCUGAUGGAGAAGGUCCAGAAGGAAACCAAGAAGGACCUGGAGCCUGAGGAGAAGAUCGAGUUCAAGACUCGUCUGGGCAGGAACAUCUUCAGGGUGGUCUUCAGGUCGGGGGUCCAGGAGAGGAACGAGCUCUUCCUGCCCGGCAGGAUGGCCUACGUGGUGGACCUGGACGACGAGUUCACCGAUACCGACAUCCCCACGACCCUGAUCCGCAGCAAGGCUGACUGUCCCAGCAUGGAGGAUGGACGACCUGGCAGUGGACAGUGAUGAGGAGGUGGACUACAGUAAGAUGGACCAGGGCAACAAGAAAGGUCCACUGGGUCGCUGGGACUUCGACACCCAGGAGGAGUACUCUGAUUACAUGAACAACAAGGAGGCUCUGCCCAAGGCUGCCUUCCAGUACGGUAUCAAGAUGUCUGAAGGCAGAAAGACCCGACGAUUCAAAGAGACCAAUGAGAAGGCUGAGCUGGACCGCCAGUGGAAGAAGAUCAGUGCGAGUUCUGUGUUCAUUCUGUGCUUCUUCAUCAGUGAUUGGUCAGUGAUUGGUCAGUGAUUGGUCAGUGAUUGGUCAGUGAUUGGUCAGUGAUUGGUCAGUGAUUGAUCAGUGAUUGGUCAGUGAUUGGUCAGUGAUUGUGUAAUAGUUGUUUGUGGUGUAAUUGUUACUUUGUAAACAUGUAAACAUGUAAACAACCCUGUGAGGACAUGAAGUCUAAUUUUGUUCUGGUUGUUUCUCUGAUAUAAAACAUUCUGUGAUUUCCUUCAGUUUGUAACUUUAAUCAUUUCAAACAUAAACUGUAGAAUCAAACUGUCUCACUUUGUUUACAGCUUGA